AUAUGAGAAGAAGAGAUCGAAAUUGAUUGGAGCCUAUCUGCCCCAGCCUCCGACAGCGAAUGGAGCUGCCGUGGUCCGGUGUAGACUGCAGCACAGUGAAGGAGCCCCGAGAAGAAUGCUGCAGGCUGGCAACAUCGGGGUGUGUGACAUCCGAGACGCCGCGGUCAGAGAGCGGGCGGCCAGCACCGCAGGAAACCGGCCACUGUUUUACUUUCGUUUCGGGGUGGAUCAAGCUUUGCCUCCAGAGCGCCGGGCUCCGGUCACUCCUUCCUCUGCCUCUCGCUAUCACCGCCGAAGGUCCUCAGGGUCACGAGAUGAGCGCUACCGGUCGGACGUCCAUACAGAAGCUGUCCAGGCUGCGCUCGCUAAACACAAAGAAAGGAAGAUGGCAGUGCCUAUGCCUUCCAAACGCAGGUCCUUGGUUGUGCAGACCUCGAUGGACGCCUACACACCCCCAGAUACCUCCUCUGGCUCAGAAGACGAAGGCUCGGUGCAGGGCGACUCCCAAGGGACCCCCACCUCCAGCCAGGGCAGCAUCAACAUGGAGCAUUGGAUCAGCCAGGCCAUCCAUGGUUCUACCACCUCCACCACCUCGUCCUCUUCUACCCAGAGUGGGGGGAGUGGUGCCGCCCACAGGCUGGCCGACGUCAUGGCUCAGACGCACAUAGGUGUGCCUGUAAGUAGCCGCGUAUCUGCAAAGAUCCAGCAGCUUGUCAAUACCCUCAAACGACCCAAACGACCACCCUUACGGGAAUUCUUCGUUGAUGACUUUGAAGAACUGCUAGAAGUUCAACAACCAGAUCCAAACCAGCCAAAGCCAGAGGGAGCCCAGAUGUUGGCAAUGCGUGGGGAGCAGCUGGGUGUAGUUACAAAUUGGCCCCCAUCUUUAGAAGCAGCAUUACAGCGAUGGGGGACCAUUUCACCAAAGGCUCCAUGCUUGACCACGAUGGACACAAAUGGAAAACCUCUCUACAUCCUCACUUACGGCAAACUGUGGACAAGAAGUAUGAAGGUUGCUUACAACAUUCUGCAUAAAUUAGGUACAAAACAAGAGCCUAUGGUGCGACCUGGAGAUAGGGUGGCACUGGUGUUCCCCAACAACGACCCUGCUGCCUCCAUGGUGGCUUUCUAUGGCUGCCUGCUGGCCGAAGUUGUGCCUGUGCCCAUUGAGGUGCCCCUCACCAGAAAGGAUGCAGGAAGCCAGCAGAUCGGGUUCUUGCUUGGAAGCUGUGGGGUGACUGUAGCCUUGACAAGUGAUGCUUGCCAUAAGGGGCUGCCAAAGAGCCCGACGGGGGAGAUCCCACAGUUCAAAGGUUGGCCAAAACUAUUAUGGUUUGUCACAGAGUCAAAACAUCUCUCUAAACCUCCUCGAGAUUGGUUCCCGCACAUUAAGGAUGCAAAUAAUGACACUGCGUAUAUUGAGUACAAGACAUGCAAGGAUGGAAGUGUGCUCGGGGUGACCGUGACGAGGAUCGCACUUCUGACCCACUGCCAGGCCCUCACACAGGCGUGUGGCUACACAGAAGCUGAAACGAUUGUGAAUGUGUUAGAUUUCAAGAAGGAUGUUGGGCUCUGGCAUGGAAUCCUCACGAGCGUCAUGAACAUGAUGCAUGUGAUCAGCAUCCCCUACGCACUGAUGAAGGUGAACCCGCUGUCCUGGAUUCAGAAGGUCUGCCAGUACAAAGCAAAAGUGGCCUGUGUCAAAUCCCGGGACAUGCACUGGGCCUUGGUGGCGCACAGGGACCAGAGAGACAUCAACCUCUCCUCUCUCCGGAUGCUGAUAGUGGCCGACGGCGCAAACCCCUGGUCUAUUUCUUCCUGUGAUGCAUUUCUCAACGUCUUCCAAAGUAAAGGUCUACGCCAAGAAGUCAUCUGCCCCUGCGCCAGCUCACCAGAGGCUCUCACUGUGGCCAUCCGGAGGCCCACCGACGACAGCAACCAGCCCCCAGGCCGUGGUGUCCUGUCCAUGCAUGGGCUGACCUACGGGGUCAUCCGUGUGGACUCGGAGGAAAAGCUGUCUGUGCUCACCGUGCAGGACGUCGGCCUCGUGAUGCCUGGAGCCAUCAUGUGUUCGGUAAAGCCAGAUGGGGUUCCCCAGCUGUGCAGGACAGACGAAGUCGGGGAGCUCUGCGUGUGUGCAGUGGCCACGGGCAUGUCCUACUACGGCCUCUCGGGUAUGACCAAGAAUACCUUCGAGGUGUUCCCGGUGACGAGCUCAGGGGCCCCAGUCAGUGAGUACCCCUUCGUGAGGACGGGCUUGCUCGGCUUCAUUGGCCCCGGAGGGCUUGUGUUCGUGGUGGGCAAGAUGGACGGGCUUAUGGUGGUCAGCGGGCGCAGACACAACGCCGACGACAUCGUGGCCACAGCACUGGCUGUGGAGCCCAUGAAGUUUGUCUACAGAGGAAGAAUAGCCGUGUUUUCAGUGACUGUCCUGCACGACGAAAGGAUUGUGAUUGUGGCUGAGCAGAGGCCAGACUCCACGGAAGAGGACAGCUUCCAGUGGAUGAGCAGGGUGCUGCAGGCAAUUGACAGUAUACAUCAAGUUGGGGUUUAUUGUCUGGCCUUGGUUCCAGCAAACACCCUCCCCAAAACCCCACUCGGGGGCAUCCAUUUGUCAGAAACGAAGCAGCUCUUCCUGGAGGGCUCACUUCACCCUUGCAAUGUCCUCAUGUGUCCCCACACAUGCGUUACAAACCUGCCUAAGCCUCGGCAGAAGCAACCAGAGAUCGGCCCUGCCUCUGUGAUGGUGGGGAACCUGGUGUCUGGGAAGAGGAUCGCACAGGCCAGCGGCAGAGACUUGGGCCAGAUAGAAGACAAUGACCAGGCCCGGAAGUUCCUGUUCCUCUCGGAAGUCCUGCAGUGGAGGGCACAGACCACCCCUGACCACGUGCUGUACACGCUGCUCAACUGUAGGGGCACAAUAGCAAACUCGCUGACUUGUGUCCAGCUGCACAAGCGGGCUGAGAAGAUAGCCGUGAUGCUGAUGGAGAGGGGACACCUGCAGGACGGGGACCACGUCGCCCUGGUCUACCCACCAGGGAUAGACCUCAUCGCUGCGUUCUAUGGCUGCUUGUAUGCAGGCUGUGUGCCCAUCACUGUCCGUCCCCCACACCCACAGAACAUCGCCACCACGCUGCCCACCGUGAAGAUGAUCGUGGAGGUGAGCCGUUCUGCCUGUCUGAUGACAACACAACUGAUCUGUAAAUUGUUACGGUCCAGGGAGGCAGCUGCGGCAGUGGAUGUCAGGGCCUGGCCCCCUAUACUAGACACAGAUGAUUUGCCAAAGAAGCGGCCUGCCCAGAUCUACAAACCUUCCAACCCAGACACGCUAGCCUAUCUUGAUUUCAGUGUGUCCACAACCGGGAUGCUAGCUGGAGUGAAGAUGUCUCAUGCAGCUACCAGUGCCUUCUGCCGUUCUAUUAAGCUGCAGUGUGAGCUCUACCCCUCGAGAGAAGUGGCCAUCUGCUUGGACCCUUACUGUGGACUUGGGUUUGUCCUGUGGUGCCUCUGUAGCGUGUACUCUGGGCACCAGUCCAUCCUCAUCCCGCCGGCAGAGCUGGAGACCAACCCUGCCUUGUGGCUGCUUGCCGUGAGUCAGUACAAAGUCCGGGAUACGUUUUGCUCCUAUUCAGUGAUGGAACUGUGCACCAAGGGGCUGGGAUCGCAGACAGAAUCCCUCAAGGCACGAGGACUGGACUUGUCCCGCGUGCGGACCUGUGUGGUGGUGGCAGAGGAGCGGCCCCGAAUAGCACUCACCCAGUCUUUCUCGAAACUGUUCAAAGACCUGGGCCUCCACCCGCGGGCCGUUAGCACCUCGUUUGGCUGUCGAGUGAACCUGGCAAUUUGCUUGCAGCCUCACCGGCUGUGGAAGCUGGCCGAGCAGGGAACAUCGGGGCCCGAUCCGACCACCGUCUAUGUGGACAUGAGAGCUCUGAGACAUGACAGAGUACGCUUGGUGGAAAGAGGCUCUCCUCAUAGUUUGCCCCUGAUGGAGUCAGGAAAAAUACUUCCAGGGGUGCGGAUCAUCAUCGCCAAUCCAGAAACGAAGGGACCCUUGGGAGACUCACACCUGGGCGAGAUCUGGGUUCACAGUGCCCACAAUGCCAGUGGUUACUUCACUAUUUAUGGAGAUGAAUCCCUCCAGUCAGAUCACUUCAACUCAAGAUUAAGCUUUGGAGACACACAGACAGUCUGGGCACGAACAGGCUACUUGGGAUUCCUACGGAGAACUGAACUCACUGAUGCAAAUGGAGAGCGCCAUGAUGCCCUCUACGUGGUGGGGGCCCUGGACGAGGCCAUGGAGCUGCGCGGCAUGAGGUAUCACCCUAUAGACAUCGAGACCUCAGUCAUCAGAGCCCACAAGAGCGUCACGGAAUGUGCCGUGUUCACCUGGACAAACUUGCUGGUGGUUGUGGUUGAGCUCGAUGGGUCCGAGCAGGAAGCCCUGGACCUGGUCCCCCUGGUGACCAACGUGGUCCUGGAGGAGCACUACCUGGUGGUGGGGGUGGUGGUGGUGGUGGACAUCGGCGUCAUCCCCAUCAACUCCCGGGGGGAGAAGCAGCGCAUGCACCUGCGUGACGGCUUCCUAGCCGACCAGCUGGACCCCAUCUACGUGGCCUACAACAUGUAGAUGCCACGUAGUGUCCCUUCUAUGUGGCCUACAACAUGUAGACGCCCAGGGCCCGCAUCUACGUGGCCUACAACAUGUAUGUAGAUGCGCGGGGCCCCCAUCUACGUGGCCUACAAUAUGUAGACGCCAAGUAGUGUCCCAUCUACAUGGCCUACAACAUGUAGAUGCCCGGGGCCCCCAUCUACGUGGCCUACAAUGUGUAGACGCCCACGUAGUAUGUCCGGGGCCCCUGUCUACGUGGCCUACAACAUGUAGACGCCACAUAGUGUCUCAUCUAUAUGACCUGCAACUUGUAGACACCCACAUAGUGUCUCAUCUACGUGGCUUACAACAUGUAGACACCUGGGGCCUCCAUCUACAUGGCCUACAACAUGUAGAUGCCCACGUAGUGUUUCAUCUACGUGGCCUACAACAUGUAGACGCCUGGGGCCCCCUGUUCAGUGUCGCAAGUGUGGGCACCAGGGCACCUUCCCCAGCAGAGCCUCACCGUGCGGUGGGGAGACUUCCCACACGUCCUGGUCGCACAGGGAUGAGACGUGAAUGUGAAGUUUGCUCACAAGGACUUUGCGUUAACUGCCUUUAGUUUGUUGGAAAAGCCCAUUUCAAGAACUUUCUUUUCUUUUUUUUUUAAUUAUUGAAUAAUAAGUGCUUUCUUCGUAAAAGUGGUAUUUUGUUAAGCCAAAAUAGCAAUUAAAAAAAAUAUUCUGCCCUCCAGAUGGGUUCUUUUAAACAAUUCAUGUAGUGUGACAAAGAAUUGUUUUCUCUGUUUUAAUGUGUCAUGAAAUCUUAAUGCCAUGGACCUGCUACUGAUUUAAGCCAUUGCUGGAGCCCAUCCUUUUAGGACAGUGUGUCAAGGUACGAGAAAACCUUCCAAAUAGCACCUUCCAAUUAGAUUUUAGCCGCUUUCUUUGUCAGAAACGUACUGAAGAAACAGACUGAUGAUCGGCCCUCCAAGUUAUCAUAGAAUGAGAGGAAAUUAUAAAUAAGGUGUAUUUCGGCAAUUACCUUGCAGAUAUCUUUGUACUAAACUAAAAAGAUAAAAUAAGUUAACUCCAUAUGUAAUUAUGUACAAAACGUUUAAUUUAUUUUGAUCUCUUUAGAAGUAUAACAGAGAAAACAUUCAAGAAUAUUAAAGUCUUGUAAUGUUUGCUAAUAUAAAAAGUGUUGUAUUAUCUUGCGUGGAUAGCAUCACAACAGAUAUAUAUAUAUAUGAAAUAUAAGUUCACUAAGAACAAAGGGAAUUUUAAAGUUUAAAACACAGAACCUGUCACUUGCAUGGUGUCCCCUCCGCUGCACUGUAGAUAGACUCUCGCCGUUGCUGGUGUGAGCAACCAGACGGCCUGCAGCCCAGAGCUUCUAUUCUGGAGCCAGAGACCAGCUGUGGGGCCAGCGCCUCGGAGGUGGCAGACUGGAGCCGGGUGUGCACUUUUCCCUCUGCCGCGGGGUCGUGACGGGCUUUCGGUGCCGUGUGCCCACCGCAACGCGUGGCCUGGGAGCAGCUGGCCCACUGCACGCGCUCCCUCGGCUAUAAGAAUUCAUUGCACAGUGUUUUCAUCAUUUUGUUUGUCACCUUUUUUUGGUCCUUGGUAUGAAAAGGAAUGUUGUUCUGUGGUCAUUGGCAGCGGGUUGCGCUGACUCCCUCAGCGGCUUUAAGGGAGGAGACUCACUAGGAGGCCAUGCACGGAGCUGCCCCAGCUGUGCUGGCUGGAGUGGGAGGCCCCCAGCCCUGUCGUUGCUCCUGCUGCAAGGACAUGCUUCUGAUUUCCGUCUCUUGCUGCUGCUGCCGCCUCAUGCACCUUGAAACUUUGAGAGCCCCUCGCACACUCCCGGAUUGAACCAGCUCGUCGGCGUCCAGCCAAGAAGAAGUACCAGCUUCCAAGUGAGAUCCCCUCCAUGAUUGCCCCAGUGUGCCCGGGGUUCCUGUGUGGGGUCUGCCUGGUUCAGAGUGUUGCCGGCGAGACUGAGACCCUCUCUCUGUGGUGGUCUCACCUGCCUUGCUCUGUGCACUGGCACUGAGCCCUUUGCCACAAGAGAGUUUUGUUUGACUUCGGAGAUCCAAGGCUAAUUGCUGUUACAAUUUUAAGUGGCAUUUUUAAAAAAUUUGUCUACAUGUGGGGUUUCUUCCAUCUCCACAAGUUAUUUGAUUUUUAAAAUAUUUUGAUUUUAUUGCUGUGUAUGAGUAUUUCUCCACAUGCUUCAGAUAAACAUUCCCAGUCUUCUGCUUCCCAAGGGGGACCCCACCACCUACAGAGAAGACACAUGCCCACUGUGUGGAAGGGUCACAGGGACCCCACCACACACACAUAGAAGAUACAGGCCCACUGUGUGGACGUGUAGGGGGGACCCCACCACACACAGAAGGUACACGCCCACCAUGUGGAAGGGCCAGGGGGUACCCCACCACACACACACACACACACACACACACACACCGUGUGGAAGGGUAGUGGGGGACCCCACCACAGAGGAUACAUACACCCACACUGUGGAAGGGUAGGGGGCACCCCACCACACACACACAGGACACACAUACCCACAGUGUGGAAGGGUAGGGCGGACCCCCACCACACACACAGGACACACACCCGCCCUGUGGAAGGGUGGGAGGGGGCAGUUUCGGGUCAGACACUGAUGAGGAAGCGGGACUUAAGGCCCAGCGAGGGGUUGUGAGGUUGCUGGUGCCCUCGUGAGGCCUCGGUCCUGCUGCCUGUGCCAGCGGUGAGGGCCAAGGGCUCAGGGCUGGGAUCCAGGUUCUGUUGUGCAAGAAAAGGAAUGAGACUCUCAGUACCACCCACUUAGCAAUAAAGGAGGAUCGUUCUGUACUGUUAAUGGAAACUGCUGGGACGAGUCGUUCAUGAGAACAUAGCCAGUGUUUGUCUCGUGACCUUGUGCUUUUGAAGUCAGAUAAAACCGUGUGGUCAACUUGCACAAAGGAGGGUACACAGCGACCACCAAGACUCAGACCAACCAACAGGGCGGCUUCCUCAUGGUGCUUGUUUGUUAUAUCUAUCUAACCCUGCUUGACACUUUCCCCAAGGGAAAUGGUCCCUUGAUAGUCAGAUGCUAGCAGCGUUGCUUCAUAGUGUGGUGACUGGUUAGAGAGAUUCAUGUGCUCAGCCAAUCACGGUUCCAAACAAAAUUUUUAUGUGCAAAGGACAGCAACCUUCUCGUAUGUUAAACCACCAGUAAGCUUUGUACAUCUGUGAUAACGCCUGUUUUAUAUUCAAAUGAACAAAUAAAAGCUUUUAUUUUUGUUGCUCUGAAAA